AUGCCUUGGCGGCUCCUGAUCCUUGGCGUCCUGACUUGCGCCGGGCGCGCCGAAGGUGUGCGCUCCCUGAGGCCGGAGAUCCACGGUGAGGGGAAGUGCCAGCAGCAGCUGGAAUCGCUGAAGAGGCUCAUCGCAGGGGCUUGCCAAGAGGACUUGCAGCGCCACGCGACGGUCUCGGAGGGCGGCUGUGAGGCAGAGGCCGAAGGUGUCGUGAGCCAGGGCGACUAUGAGAUCUGGAGCAAGAGCUUGGUGGUCUGCCGGAAGGAGAAGAGCCGGAUCAUUCUUUGGAGUGGCUUGGGAGACGAGGCGGAACGCGAACACGUCCUCUGGCCAUUGAGGCUUGUCCCUGGAGCGCGGUCAAGCCUUUCUGGGACGGUGCUUCCCGAGCCUUCGCGAGCAGCUGGGCAGCCCGCAGUGAUGCACAGAACUACAGCAUCGCUCGGCCACGAGACCAUCGGGACUAUCUUCGAUACCAUCUUGUACAAGUCAGAGCUGAAAGCCCUUGCCGAGUCGGCCAAAGAAGGGCUGCGAGUGGACGUGCUCUUCACCUCCAUGAACUUGGACGACCAAGCCGUGGCAAGCAGCGUCUUGUACCGUCGCGCACGGCUGCUCUCUCCCAUGGCCCAGGAUUUUGAUGCAACAGCGUGGCACUACGGAGACUGCCCAAAGGACGAGCUGGCCUUCUGCGUCCCAGAGAAUCUCCUCGAGCCCAGCGCCAAGCUUCAGCGCCUGCUCGAAAAGGCGAAAGAGGCAGAAGCCCACUAUGGCGGCGCAUGGCGGGCUGAGCGCCCAAAAGCAAGCACAGACAGCUGCCAACGGCAGCUGGAUGCGUUGACGGCUUUGAUAGCAGAGACGUGCCAGGAGGACGCAAAAAGGGGCUCGCCUGUUUCGGUGGGCGGCUGCGAAGCAGAGGCUGCAGGCGUCGUGAGCCUCGGGGAUUUCGAAGUCUGGUCAAAGAGACUGGUGGCUUGUGGAGAGGAGAAGCGGCGCUUGGUCCUGUGGAGCGGCUUCAAGGACGCGGAGCGCGAGGAGGUUCUAUGGCCGCUGAGGGGCGCCGGCGGCUGUGUGCUUCACAGCACCAAGGAGCCAGACACAGCCCUUGCGAAGCUCCUGAACGAUGAGAGGGUGAGGGUCUUACAAGACUGCCCCUGGAAGGUGACGAAGCCAUUCUGGGACGGUGCUUCGCGCAACUUUGUCGGCGCGUGGGCUUCUGGGAGACAUGGCGCCGUCACGAUCGCCAUGGGCUACCACAUGGACCCGAGACGCAGUGACAGGACCAUCUUCCACACGGUUUUCUACAGAUCGGAGUUGAAGGCAUUGGCCCAGGCCAGCCGCGGAGCAUUGACAGUACAGCUUGUCUUCACGGACCCUGGAAUGAGCGGUUCAUUCAUGAGUUCUGCCACUGCAGUGGCUUUCGAGCGGGCACGGCUUCUCUCCCCUCUCAAAGCUUUCAGAAACAUGACGAUCUGGCAGUACAAUGGAUGCAACAAGAAGGAAGUCGUCUCCUGCGACGGGAAGCGUUUCGACCGUUUCGACCCAAACUCUCAUUCGGCCAUGGCUAACCUGGGCUUCAUGUACGAGAAAGGAUGGGGCGUGCGGCGGGACUACGGCAAAGCGGUGGACCUCUUCCAGAAGUCUGCGGACCUUGGCAACUCUAUCGCCAUGUUCAAUUUGGGCUUCAUGUACAAAAGCGGCAAUGGUGUCCAUAAGAAUGACAGCAAAGCGAUAGAGCUUUUCGAGAAGGGAGCAGAGCUUGGUGACCCCAGCUCCAUGUGGGCCCUCGGGAAGGUUUACGAAGCCAAUGGUGUCCAGCGGAGCGACACCAAGGCGGCUGAGUGGUUGCAGAAGGCAGCAGACCUUGGCUGGGCGAAGGCCAUGGCGUUGCUGGGGAGGCUGUACGAGGACGGCCGCGGCGUGCAGAGGAACUACAGCAAAGCAUUCGAGCUUCAACAGAAGGCUGCCGACCUUGGUGAUGUCAAUGGCAUGUACAACCUGGGAUCUAUGUAUUACAAUGGCAAUGGUGUCGAGCAGAACGACAGCAAAGCAUUCGAGCUUCAACAGAAGGCUGCGAACCUUGGUAAUGCCUUUGCCAUAUACAACCUGGGAACCUUGUAUUUACUUGGCAUUGGUGUCAAGCAGAACGACAGCAAAGCAGUGGAGCUCUACAAAAACGCUGCAGGGCUUGGUGAUGUCAAUGGCAUGUACAGCCUGGCGGUCAUGUAUUACAAAGGCAAGGGCGUCCAGAAGAACUUCCUCAAAGCAUUGCACUUGUUCCAGAAGGCCGCGGACUUUGGUCAAGUCAAAGCUAUGGUCGGUUUGGGUUUCAUGUACAGUGACGGCCUUGGCGUCCAGAAGAACUACAGCAAAGCGGUGGAGCUUUUCGAAAAGGCCGCAGGGCUCGGCGACGCAAUAUCUAUGACCUACCUAGGCAGCAUGUACAGGUACGGUGAAGGUGUCCAGCAGAACUACACCAAGGCGGCUGAGUUGUUCCAGAAGGCAGCAGACCUUGGCUGUGUGGAAGCCACGGCAUACCUGGAUGAGAUGUACUCGGACGGCCGUGGCGUGCAGCUGAACUUCGGCAAUGCGGUCGAGCUGGAGAAGGCUGCGGACCCUGGUAAUGUCAAUGCCAUGUACAGCCUGGGAACCAUGAAUUAUUUUGGCAAUGGUGUCGAGCAGAACGACAGCAAAGCAGUGGAGUUCUAUAGAAAAGCCGCGGACCUGGGUGAUGCCUUGUCCAUGGCUAACCUGGGCCUCAUGUAUGAAGAAGGCCGCGGUGUCCCGAAGAGCGUCCGCGAAGCGUUCGAUUUGUUCCAGAAGGCCGCAGAUGCUGGUCUUGUUGAGGCUAUGUUUCAUUUGGGUGGCAUGUACAUGUACGGAGAUGGCGUCCAGAAGAACCACAGCAAAGCAGCCGAGCUCUACCGGAGGGCGGCGGACUUUGGCGAUGUGAAAGCCAUGUUCAAGCUGGGUGUCAUGUAUUACAACGGUGAUGGUGUGCAGACAGACUAUGCCAAAGCGGCGGCGCUCUAUAGAACAGCCGCGGACCUGGGUGAUGCCAAAUCCAUGUCUAACCUUGGCCUCAUGUAUGAAGAAGGCCGCGGUGUCCAGAAGAACGUCCGCGAAGCGUUCGAUUUGUUCCAGAAGGCCGCAGAUGCUGGUCUUGUUGAGGCUAUGUUUAAUUUGGGUGGCAUGUACAUGGACGGAGAUGGCGUCCAGAAGAACCACAGCAAAGCAGCCGAGCUCUACCGGAGGGCGGCGGACUUUGGCGAUGCGAAAGCCAUGUUCAAGCUGGGUGUCAUGUAUCACAACGGUGAUGGUGUGCAGACAGACUAUGCCAAAGCGGCGGAGCUCUUAAAGAAGGUGGACGCCAUGCAAAACCUGCGUCACUAG